UUAUGAUAGCGGCGCUCAAAAUCACUUCUCGACCGUAGGGCUGCAGCUCCUUCCAGACUUCGAACCUUUCAACUCCCGAGGCGACCUCGAGCACGCGUGGGACCAGCGGGUCGUGAGCAAAGAUGGGACAGUGCGCCCAGGACACGCGGAAGAGCUGGCGUAACGCGUUCUUCUCCAACAUUAAGGUCUUUGUGUUUUUUCAUUGCCUUCUUCAGCUGUCUCAGCUUCUCUACAGUUCCUAUAUCAAGAGCACUAUAACUACCAUUGAGAAGCGAUUUGAGCUGAACAGCUUUUCUUCUGGUUUUAUAUCAAGCCUUCAUGAGGUUGGGAAUGCAGCACUCAUUGUGUUUGUGAGUUAUUUCGGCAGUCAUGUACAUCGGCCACGAAUAAUUGGAAUUGGUGGACUCCUUAUGUCAGCAAGUGCUCUUUUACUGACUUUACCACAUUUUUUGUCUGAGCCAUAUCAAUUUUCUUCCAUUCCUUUUGGCAACAGUAGCAAGUCACAGGAACUUUGUCAGUGGCGGAGCAACAUUUCCAUGUCGCUGGCUACCCAGGCAAAGUGUGACCAGCAACUAUCUCAGAAAGUUAAGGAGACAAACAGUCUUUGGAUGCUAAUGGCAACUGCUCAAUUGCUUGCUGGCGUUGGCUCUGUUCCAAUCCAGCCCUUUGGAAUUUCUUAUGUGGAUGACUUUGCAGAUCCAAGAAAUUCAGCAUUAUACAUUGCUAUACUAUUCGCUGUAUCAGUUUUUGGACCCUCCAUUGGCUACCUGAUGGGCUCUGGAAUGCUGAGGAUCUACGUGGACGUGGGUAGAAUGAUACCAGGCUUGCCAGUUUUAACCCCCAGAGACCCUCGCUGGAUUGGAGCUUGGUGGAUGGGCUUGCUGAUAUCAUCUGGGUUUCUUGCCAUUAGCUCACUUCCAUAUUUCUUUUUCCCUCGAACGAUCAGUAAAGACACUGACACAUUGCCAGGUGAUAAUGAAAAUGCCAUACUUAAAGACACUUUAAAUAGAGAUGAAUCUUCUUUCUUCAGCUUCAUUCGCAAAUUCCCACGCAUAUUUGUGAGGCUGCUGUUGAAUCCUUUCUUUAUGCUUUUGGUCCUGACUCAGUGUUGCUUCUCUUCUGUAAUUGCUGCACUGGCCACAUUCCUCAGUAAAUUCCUCGAGAAACAAUAUGGUACCACAGCUUCGUAUGCCAGUCUAUUGAUGGGUGCCUUUAACUUACCAGCUGCUGCUAUAGGAAUGCUUCUAGGAGGAAUCAUUAUGAAGCGAAUGGCACUAUCUCUCAAAAUCAUCCCCAGAUUUUCUGUGGUUGUUUUGCUCAUCUCUGUUCUGCUAUGCCUCCCUCUCUUUUUCAUGGGCUGCCCCACACAGAGGAUUGCAGGGAUUUAUCCCAGUCAGGACCAAAAUAAAUAUCCUAUUGACAGGAAUUUACAAGGAUUGUGUAAUGUGGGUUGUGGCUGUUCUAAUCGCACCUUUAACCCUGUUUGUGGUUCUGAUAACAUAGAGUACUUAUCUCCUUGCCACGCUGGCUGUACAAACCACACUGAUAUAAAUUCUCGAGGAUCUGUGACAUAUACCAACUGUAAAUGCAUUGGUAAAGGAGAGUCAGGAUCAGCUCGUUCAGGCUCAUGCCUCACGGAAUGUUCUGAGUUUCUUCUGCCUGUCAUAGUUAUCAUCUCCUUGGCAAGUCUUGUGGCCAGCCUCUCACACAAUCCUAUUUAUAUGACGGUUUUAAGGAUGGUAGCAAGUGAAGAAAAAUCGUUUGCCAUAGGAGUCCAGUUCUUGCUCAUGAGAGUACUCGCAUGGCUUCCAGUUCCGGCAGUAUUUGGGAAAGUGAUAGACACAUCUUGCAUCAGAUGGAGUUCACUUUGUACAGGGAGGACAGGUGCUUGUAUUUAUUAUGACAAUGAUAUUCUAAGGAACAGAUACCUUGGGAUCCAGAUUGGCUACAAACUCUUGGGUAUUUUUCUGCUGAUUAUCUUCAAUUGGAAAAUGAAAAGAACCGAUGAGUAUAACUUUCCAACUAAAGCUGACUUCUGAAUGUUUGCCAAAGCGGAGGACUGCUCUCAACAAAGCCUUUUCUUGCCAUAUUAAUGGAGGAUUCAUCCAUCAUCAGUUGAAGGUUUUGCUAUACACUGUUAACAACACCUGCAGAGACAUGAAAGGACUCCAUUGCUGCAAGAUGCUCAUUGAUGGAAACAAUACAUAAGGGCAGAGAGAAGAAGACUGUACUCGUAUCUUCUCAGACUAGGAACCCCAGAAGAAAUAGAAUCAUUGAAGAGGGGCUAAGGAAAAUCCAUCCAACCAAUUAGAGAAAUUAUGUGAUAUUUCCUCAUAUUUCACUGCAUAUUACAUGCAGAUUAAUGUUUCUUUGGAAAACCAAAAGGUAUACUCCACUUCAGCUUUGUUACGUUUCUACAUAUUCCUCACAGGGUGUCCACAAUCAAAUUAAAAGGGUCCUGGUAGUGAUAAAUAUGUAUUGAAAUUCCCCAAAUGAAUUGCACUUAAGAAAUAUUUAUGAUAGUUACAUCAUUCUUCUUUUAACAAAAUCAAACUCUUAUCUGUAGGGCAUACGUUUCAUAUAAAGUGUUCAUUUAUUCUACAAAUUAUCUUUUUUAACAUUUUAUUUAACUUCAUUUUCCCUGAUGCUUCUGUACCAUAUUAAAGUAUUUGCAGUUGGAUUAAACUUGUUCAUAUGUGAUAGGUAAAAUGUGCAGAUUUAAUUGGACUCUUUUCUGAAGUUUGCCCAGAAUAGAUCAGUAUUUUGUAUUGUUUAGUCUUUAUUAAGUGCUCACGUUAUAUAAAACAGAUGUCUAAGGCUGAUUUGGAGUUUGACUCAAAAAAAUGAAUUACCAAUCAUAAGAGUGCUUUUCUCUGCCGCAUCUCCGCUGCAGGACCACAAUCAUUUACUCCUACCUUUUUAUUCCGCCAUUUCUCAUAGUGCAGUCACCAAUGUUUAAAUUUUCUUUUUUAACCUCGACCCAUUGCACUAAAAGCGGACUUAAAGGUGCCACAUGAUGUAAACAUUUUAUUGCCUGGGAUGAGAGCUUUCUGAAGUGAAGCUGAUUAUUGUGUCUGUGAUGAUGAGUGACACCAUUUAGCGUCAAAGAGCUAGCUUUGCCAGUACCUACAAUCCAAUACACAAAAACAUUUUCAUGCAGGCCAGAUAGGGAAUGAUUUAUGACAAUGCCUUCCAAAGGCUAGCUUUCUAACUGAAGUAGUAUUUAAACAUGAAGAUUUCAUAAAAUGCUUUCUGGUACUUCUCAAACCACUGCUGAUAUGACAAAUCAUUAAUUUAGUGUGUGUGAUGCCAAUAUACAGUUAUAUAUUUUAUGGAUACCAGACAAACAAGUGUAGUGUGUUUUAAUAUUCAGGUUCAUAUUGGAUGAAAUUGAUGUUGAAUAUUGAUGUAGCAAUUUUUCGGGAUAAAGCAUGUACUGAUGUUUUUAUAUUCUUUCCAAGAUGGCCCACAUCCCAGUCCCCGACCUGAGAAUAAACUCACUGCAUUUGUGCUCACAGAAUCCACUACACAGUUGACACACAAGUGCAAAAAAAAAAAAAAAAAUCUCAUACCCGUCAUUUUAUUUGCAGUGACAUCUUUUGAAUUUAUUGCAGUUUUAUUCUUAGCAAAGAUUAUACAUUUUUUCUAUUUAAAUCUAAAUGAGCAUAUGGCACAUUUACUGCACUCCUCCAUUUUCCUAACCUGCUAAAUCAACCUCCAGAUUACAUGAUAAGCCACAUAUGAGGUCUCUCUGAAACAACUCUACCAACAAAACAAAUUUCACUCUUGGAGGAAUAAAAUCAGAGCUGAUUUGUAUUGGGUUUUUUUUCCUUCCAUUUACACAAGGCUUGAACAUCUGAUGCAUACUUUUAGGCUGGGGUAAAUGUAUGUAAAUGAUAUUAAGCACAGGGAAACAAUGAAACAACAUAACAGGUCACUGUGUACACAGACAAACCUCACACCUUACAAGGAGACAACAUACUGUAUGCAUACAUUUGAUAUUUAUAUGCAUACACAACCCCAUACAAGAAUAAUAUAUGUAAAGACUUUACUUUCUUGGCAAUAAUGCAGGAGAUAUUUGGGUUUCUAAGGUUCAGGCUGCUGAGGAAACGCAAACAGUAUGUGAAAACCUUUAGAGGAGCCUCAUUUUGCCCUGCAACACCUGUCCUUUAGGACAAAUAGAUUUACACUUGCUUUUGCAAUAGAUGCAUAUGUGUGAAUGAAUGUAAUUACAGAUUUAAGAAGCUUGACUGUAGACCAAGUCUGACUAAAGAAAAUGUGGAGCUUUGCGGUCUCUGGCACUCCUUCGAGCCAUUAUCUGAAACAAACAAAGCCUCCCAGGUACACAGCAAGGAAGGCCAAACUUAAAAAAUGCCUUUCAGCCUUAUGUUGACGCUGCUCUGGUGCCUUGGAUUUACAGCCUGAUAGUGAGACCAACUAGCCAAAGGUUCAUACCACAGUCUGCACUCAUAAAGGCAAGUGAUGUAAGAAAAUGCUCUUAUACUGUUUUUUAUGACAUGAGUGGAUUAACAGUCAAUUUAUUAAAAAGCCUUUUUUGUUUAAGCAGCCCAUAUGGAGACUGUUAGCUAAACAUUCAGUCUUAUAAAAGCAAUAUAUGAUUAAAUUCUCUGUAAACCACCAUGUCUAAGAAGAAAGAAAUGCUGAAAGAAAGGAAUAUUGCUGCCUUCCAGAAAUAGGGCCAUUGCUCACCGACAAGGCUUCUUUGUUUUCAUCCCACUAAUAGGUGGUUCAAAGAAAACCUGCCCUAAUGACCUUUUUAAAAACAAAUCCUCCUUAAUCACAAGUGUUCAGAGGAAAAAAUCAAGACAUUUAAGAGUAACAAAGCAAGUUUGUUGAAGUUGGAUUUGGCUUUGCUGUAGAGAUGGCCUGGUGUGCAAUUGUUUUUCAUUCUGCCCGUCUUUUAUGUAUAUUAGGUUCACAUCAACUUUUAUCAGAAUGAAUGUUGAGAUCAUUCAUAUAUGUACAUCCUUUUAUUCUGAAAUAGCUAUGCAAUAUACAAACUUACAUUUUAAUAUCACCUUUAAACAAGAAGCAGUUGUUAGCUCCAACGACACAGGUAGUGCCCCUCUCAACAUGAGAUUUCUAAUGUUUGCCUCAUUCAUGCUGGUGCUGGCAAAGGGCAUUCCUAGUAGCCCCAAAGUGCUGAACACAGUUUUUUAUUAUAACUGAUUAUUGGCACACUAUCCAGGGUUGAACCCCACCGUGCACCCGUUGCUGCUGGCAAAGGCAGCUGCUCUCCACACUCUACUGGACAAGCAGGUUAGAAGGUUGAUGGAUGACAGGAUUAGGAAUAAUGAUUGAAAUCUGAAUUAUAAUUGUGAUAAUUCCUUGAAGAUUAACUAUGCAGUGUUGUGCAGUAACAAGGACUCUGUGCUUCAUAUCAUAAAGCUGUCAGAUCCCAAUUUUACUUCACUGUGUAAGUCAGUAAGUGCCUUGUUUGUAAAGAAAAAAAAAGUCUCUCAAUCAGAUAAGUGAAUAGCCAAACACACCACUAACCUCAUUAACGUUAUGCUUACUCCAGGAAACAUUUCGAUAAAAAAUGUUUAAGUUAAUCAUGUAAAUACCAAAAUGUCCUCAUAAAUGCAUUAGGACAGGCAUAUCCAGUGUCUGUGUUGUACUAAUUCACAUUUAGUACAUGUACUUCGUGUGAUUUGUUUUGAAACAGACACCAACACAUAGCCUGACGUCACAUUUGGGACUGUAGAAGCGUGUUUCUUUGCACUGUGUUCUAAUAUGUUUUCUCUUGCUUGACCAUGAGACAGUAGGAUGUCAGUGCCUGAACCACAUCAUCGAUGUGUCCCUUGUGUUAUUUUCGUCUACCACCGGGCAAAUCAUAGUGACAUCCACAUUUCUACUGACACAAACAUUGGCGGUUACUGCAUUGUGAACAGUGCUUAGAGGUCUAACAUCUUUCUUGUCUUUCUACUUGAUUGCAAUCAUUUUGCCUUUUUGCCUCAGCAUUACAUGACUGAAGUCACCAAACAUAUCACGGCAGUUCAGUCAUGCAGUGCUGUAUGCAUCAGCUUCACUUUGCAUGUCAAUGUUUGGUGACCAAUUUACAUUGUUCUCAUUAUCCCUUGAUUCAGGUUCUGUUUGUCCUAAAACUGGCUUUACAGCUUCUUGAUUACAUGCCAUUGUGUUUUCAUUGAAGGCUCCGGCCCGCUCUUGAAUAUUGUUGAGUUAUCUUAGAGUGGCAAACCACAUAGAAAUGUUGAUGAUUUUUUGUAGCAUGAUGUUAUUUCAUCCAUACUAGAUGUCAGCAGAAUACUGUCCCAAGCAUAUUUGGGCUUAACACUGUAAAGCAGAUCAUUACACGUCACUUCAAUUUUGACUCAGGCUUAACCAUUAUUACUUGAAAUUUCAAGAAUGAGAGAUGCUUGGGGUUAACACCAAGGAGGUUAAACAGUCAAGCAGCUUGUUUUGGGUAACAUUUAUUCUGAUAGGGUAGUGGACCCAAUGGCACAGUAUAUUAAGCAAUAAUAAAUAAAAAUUACAUUAUAAGGCAAAUCGAAAUUUUAUAUGAUUGUGUGCAAUUUUAAGGCAUUUAACAAAAAAAGAAAUCAUUGACAACCUAAGAUGAAAAGAAUGUAUGGCACAGGCACACAUCUCCAUGAUACUCUCUGUGUGCAAGUUGGCAAGUACUGCUGGGCAGCUACCCAGCGUAUCCUAUUGAGGCCAACAUGGCCAAAACAAAAAGACCAUGAUAAUCUAAUGUCUUACUGUCAUAUCUCAUUGAGCAUUAUUGCCUGGUUCUAGGAUUUCUGAAGUAA